GAGAAGGCGCGAAAGCACUGUCAAGGACCGGAUAGUCCAGAAGUUGGAGAAGCUCUUCGAUGUCAGGGAUCCAUUGUCCAAAGUUGUCAUGCCAAGCGAUGUGUCGGCGGCCGUGAAGGCAGCCCGGAACAAGAGAACGAACCAAUUGAUGUCUUCACUGAGCCCGGAAGACCUGGAGGAGGUGUUGGUUGAGCUCAAGCGCAUCCACGCAAAGACAAUUGACAAAGACAGGAAGGCAAAGCUUUCUUCGGCCCAGCCUGUUAUUUCUUGGAGACAGUUUCUGGACUGCAUUAUGCUCGAUGAUUUGCCAAAGUAUGCAGUUGGUCCGGUGGCCUUAAAUCUGUUCAUUGUCCAGCAAUCGCUGCUGGGGGACGAUAUGCCGUCGACCGGCGCUUCCGGUGCGUAUCUCAUGGCGUACGAGAGAUUGCGCAAGCCGGUGUCCCGCUCUGAGCAGUGGGUGGGCGUUGUGACGGCACUUUCCACAGUGGCGAUUAUCCUCAGCUUUUUGUUCUUGGGCCUCUCCCUGGAUAUCGACCCGAACUGGGCAGGAUGGAUUGUAUUGGAAGGUAUUUGUGCCAUGAUUUUUGUGGCUGAAGUUUUGGUCAAGACUUAUGUACUGUCUCCGACAGGCUAUUUCUGUGGCAAGGACUGCGUUUGGAACUCCUUCGACGUCCUGCUUUCCAUGGUAGCAGUCGGAGAGACGAUUCUGAACAUCGUCUUCGCUACAUCAGGCUCCGAGAU